GGUUCACAAAGGUUCUUCCUUUGCUUCUCCACCGGGAGUUUUAAAGAGAAUAGCAGAUGGGAUCGGCGGUGCCUCAGCCGUUUGGGUGGCAGUUAUGGGUUCCGGUGUCGUCAGCGUCGUCGUCAUCGUCAGGAGUGAGACCCCCUUCCACAGUCCAAGUCAUUACUACGGUAGCUUCCGUCCGCCUCGGCCAUCUUCUCCGGCACCAUCUCCGCCUAGGGUUUCUCUUUCAGUCCUCCCUCAAGAAAAUCUCCCAUCUCUAUAAUGUGCCUAGAUUGAAGGAUGAAUGGUAUGAAAGACCUUUCUGCUUCAAGGGAAUUGACCUAUUUGAAUUUACAAGUGAUUCUCUUGCACCCUCAUGUUCAUCUGGUUUAUAUUUCUUCAACGGGGAACAAAAGAAAAAUGAUAAUGGAAAUGAGGGGAGAUCUAACCUGGAGACGUCGAGGGGAAUGAAUUUUAACGGAAGGAAAUGGACCAACAUUCUUCUUGGUAUUAAUGUACUGAUUUACCUUGCACAAGUUGCAACAAAAGGGAAGCUGCUGCUUUGGGGAGCUAAGAUUAACAGUCUUAUUGACCAAGGACAAAUUUGGAGGUUGGCUACAUCUUCUCUUCUGCAUGCAAAUAUAGGGCAUCUCAUGAUAAAUUGUUAUUCUUUGAAUUCUGUUGGCCCCACAGUGGAGAACAUAAGUGGUCCAAAGAGAUUCCUUGCAGUUUAUUUUGCUUCUGCAAUUGCAAGUACAGCUAUGAGUUACUGUUUCAGCAAGUCACCUGCAGUUGGUGCAUCAGGAGGAAUCUUUGGAUUAGUUGGAUCUGUUUCUGUGUUUGUUAUGAGGCAUAGAGGUAUGCUCAGAGACUCAAGAGAAGAGCUACAACACAUAGCACAAAUUAUUUUCUUAAAUAUGGUUAUUGGGCUUGUCUCCAGAGGCAUUGACAAUUGGGGGCAUCUGGGAGGCUUGCUUGGGGGAGCUGCAACAUCAUGGCUUGUUGGACCUUCUUGGAAGUACCAGUCCAUGGCAAGUGAUGGAAGAAGAAUUUUUGCAGACAGAGCACCGAUUUUUUAUCUCAUCAAUAAAAGAAGAGAGCGUAGAUAGGCCUAGCUCCUUACUCAAGUGCUCAGCUUGAUUUUUGUAAAUGGGAAAGACUUCUCAAGGAAUCUGUCAUUUCUCGGUCAUUAGAAGCUAUUUCAUUGAGUAGAGAAACAUAUAAAGAGAUGCUGAAAUUCAUAAAAUAUCUGUACCAUUCUUCAUCUUUCCAGAAGUAUUAUAAAACGAUUAUUUUCUGCAUUUUCCUGAUAACAUCUGUACUUUUCUAUCCUGCACCGUAGAUGCACAAGAAGAACCAGUAUACAUCUUUACACUUUAUCAAUAUUACAGCCAGGUCUCCUUGAAACCUACGGAUGAUGUUCGUCACAGAAGUAGUUGGCACCAUCUCAAUUAGUUUUUC